CAGAGGGGCGGGGUGGUCGGAGCUGCUGCGCUGGCAGCAGUAGGCGAGGGCGCGGCUGCUGGAUUCCUGGUACGGAGGCCCCAGACGCCAUUGGAGCCCCAGGGAAGGCUGAGCUGUCUCCUUCUUGGGACCCGCAGCAUGGCUGAGGGAAGCUACAGCUUGCAGCCAGAAAACUCCAAUGUUGAAGACAUGGAUGAGGGUGGAGACCAAGUCAGGGAGGAAGAGAUGGUUGGAGGCAACGACUAUGAAGAAUUUGGUGCUUUUGGUGGCUAUGGCACCCUCACCAGCUUCGACAUCCGUUUCCUCAGAGCCUUUGGCAGCAUGGGUCCAGGCCUUCGCAUCUUAUCGAAUGAGCCCUGGGAAGUGGAAAACCCUGUGCUGGCCCGGACCCUGGUGGAGGCAUUGCAGCUGGAUCCAGACACCCUCGCCAAUGAGACAGAGGCCCGGGACACCAAUAUAGCCCGCUCUGCUGCCUCCAACCGGGCCUCGAGGGCUGCCGCAGCUGCCGUCUGUAGAUCAUUCAAUCAUGUGGUCGCCAGCCACGUGGUGACCACACGGCAGGUCCCAGGAGUCAAUGCCCAGCCCACAACACAUGCUGAGGCUCAGAGGGCAACCCCCAAGACAGUCCUUGCCUCUUCACAGACCUCCCAGGUGUUAGCCGCCGGUGAGGCGGCUCCAGCAACCUCCACACAGUCCCAGAUGGUAUCCCCAGCCCAGGAGGCUGUUACCGAGGGCCCCAGUACUGCCUGUGCUUUUUCUCAGGCUCCGAGUACCAGGGAGAUGGCUGCCACUGGGCUCCAGACAGCCUUCCUGGGCCAGAAUGAUGUCUUUGAUUUCACUCAGCCAGCAGGUGUCAGUGGUGUGGCCUUCCCACGCCCCAAGAGACCUGCCCCGACCCAAGAGGCUGCCACAGAGGGCCCCAGUGUUGCCUCCUGUGUGCUCCAGGCAGCACCUGCCAGGGAGGGGGCAGCCACCCGUCCCAAGACGACCAAGUCUGGGAAGGCUCUGGCCAAGACUCGGUGGGUGGAGCCUCAGAAUGUCAUUGGAACAGCUGCUGCCAAGGCCAAGAUGGCUACAACCAUCACCGAGCCUGAGGGGGCAGCUGCCACUGCUCGGCAAAGUGCUGAGGCCUGGGUCAGGAUGGGAGGCAAGAGGACGAAGAAGUCAAAGCACCUGGAUGACGAAUAUGAGAGCAGCGAGGAGGAGAGAGAGCCUUCUGCGGUCCCACUGACCUGGAGAGCAUCACAGCCUCCACUGAUGGUGCAGGCUCAGUUGGCCCCUCGGCCCCCAGUAGCUCCUCGGUCCCAGAUACCCUCAAGGCAUGUGCUGUGCUUGCCCCCCCGCAACGUGACCCUUCUGCAAGAGAGGGCAAAUAAGUUGGUGAAAUACCUGAUGAUUAAAGACUACAAGAAGAUCCCCAUCAAACGCUCAGACAUGCUGAAGGACGUUAUCCGAGAAUAUGAUGAGCACUUCCCUGAGAUCAUUGAACGAGCUACCUACACUCUGGAAAAGAAGUUUGGGAUCCACCUGAAGGAAAUCGACAAGGGGGAACACCUGUACAUUCUUGUCUGCAUGAGGGAUUCUUCUGCUCGCCUCCUGGGGAAGACCAAGGACACUCCCCGGCUGAGUCUUCUCUUGGUGAUUCUGGGCAUCAUCUUCAUGAAUGGCAACCGGGCCAGCGAGGUUGUGCUCUGGGAGGCACUCCGCAAGAUGGGACUGCGCCCUGGGGUGAGGCACCCAUUCCUUGGUGAUCUGAGGAAGCUCAUCACAGACGACUUUGUAAAGCAGAAGUACCUGGACUACAAGAAGAUCCCUAACAGCAGCCCACCGGAGUAUGAGUUCUUCUGGGGCCUGCGAGCCCGCCAUGAGACCAGCAAGAUGAGAGUGCUGAGAUUCAUUGCCCAGAACCAGAACCGAGACCCCCGGGAAUGGAAGGCUCAUUUCUUGGAGGCUGUUGACGAUGCUUUCAAGACGAUGGACGUGGAUAUGGCUGAGGAACAUGCCAGGGCCCAGAUGAGGGCCCAGAUGAAUAUCGGGGAUGAAGCUCUGAUUGGACGGUGGAGCUGGGACGACAUCCAGGCCGAGCUGCUGACCUGGGAUGAGGAUGGGGAUUUUGGCGAUGCCUGGGCCAGGAUCCCUUUUGCUUUCUGGGCCAGGUACCAUCAGUACAUUCUGAAUAGCAACCGUGCCAACAGGAGAGCCACAUGGAGAGCUGGUGUCAGCAGUGGCACCAACAGUGGGGCCAGCACCAGCAUCCUCGAUGGCCCUAGCACCAGCUCCACCAUCCGGACCAGAAAUGCUGCAAGAGCUGGAGCCAGCUUCUUCUCCUGGAUCCAACAGCCUUGAGGAACUGCAGCAAUCUUCCUCACCCAGGCAGACCACCUCCUCAGAGUCCCUGUCACACAGCACUCCAGGCACUUCUCCUUGUGGGUCGGAGGGACCAUGCAAGAUGAAGCUUCCCUCAUCUUUCCUGCUUUCCU